AUGCAUCUCAGGCUAUUGAGACGAGAUGACUUGCCCUCGCUGGCAGAUCUCGGAAUUGAAGCAUUCCAUGAUGACGAUUUACAAACUAUACUUUUUCCUCCAGAUAGUGUUGCAAAUGGCUCACUCCGUCGAAGUAUCAAUUUACGCAUAAGAAAACGUCUUGUUGAAGCCGGCACACAUUGUUAUGUCUCGAUGAGCGAUGAGAAUGAUGAAUUUUGGUCUGGAGAAUCUGAGUUGCUUGGAUACGCUUUUUGGACAAGAGUGGGAAAGAGCGAAGCAGCGAAGAAGUGGCAAACUGACACUUUGUUUUCGAAAUUGGAAAGAAGAUUGAUAGGAGCGGAAAUGUGGUACUCUGAAUACUUCCUUGAUCGUGACCGGCCUUGGGAUAAAAUCCAUUACAUGAGAAAUCUAUCGAUUGAUCAUUUUGGGUCAAUUCCAGAGUAUUUGGAGUUGGCUGCAUUAGCAGUACAUCCUAAAUACCAUCGUCGUGGUAUUGGUGGAAUGAUGCUCAAAUAUGGAAUUGAUUUGGCUCAAAAGGAACAAGUUCCCCUUGUACUUGAAGCCUCUCGUGCUGGAACUCUGCUAUAUACGAAAAAUGGGUUCAGAGAAACUGGGAGAACUGAAAUGUUUCCCGAAGUGAUAGUAGUUGCUAUGCAAUUGGACCCAAAAGUUUGA